GGGUAAUUACUUUAUUUAUACAAAAUGGCUGAACUAUAAAGACGUGUAUGUUUCAUUAUCGUUACAAUGGAGUCAAUAAACAACAUUUUUUCUCAAGAAAUCAUUCCCUCGUGUUAUUCAGAAGUUAGAAAUAUAUUUAAUUGUGGUGAUACAGAUUGUGAAACUACUAAAUUGAUAUCCUACGACUCGGGUCCCUUGAAUUCCCGAAUAGAGAAUUUGAAAUCUUUUAAGUGUAAUAGAAUAGCCUUCAAGAACAGUACAAGAAAUCUAAAGUGUCGAAUUAUAAUGUGCGCGUGAACUAUAAUGGCUUAGCAUCCUCUUCGAACCUUAAAAGUUAGUGAAAAAUUGUUACAAUGAAUAAUUUCUGUGGUGAGCGCAAUAGGCGCCGUUUCUUAGAUUUUGGCGUGUUUCCUACAUUUCAAUAUCCAAUAUCAAAUUAUUCGACGAGUUCCCAAACGAAGACAGAGAUGAAGAAUACGUUCGAAGACAACUUUUUCGCGAACAAUUUGCAUCUCAUCCAAGAUCCUUUAAAAAAGAACCUCGCUAAUACUGUGUUAACAGGCGAAGAUAAGAAAACAAACAUGGGGAAAACAAAGGUAACGGUGACAAAGGAAGAGGAAAUACCUCAGAAGGAUUACUAUUCAUUCCAUUCUGGCAUCACGGGAGUUCUCACAGGGAUAUUAAACUUCAUGGGGUUAUCUCAGACGCGUUCCACUUCGUCCAAACACCACGAGACUGAUUACAACGAUCGCCAGAUGGCGUCAGGGAACUGGCACUACCCCAAAUGCGAGGUUCAAAAUAAAAAUGAACGGGACCGUAAUACAAAUAUGGAUAUAGAAGUCUGCAGAUUAACUUCUGAACACUGUGAUAAUAAAAAUAAUUGCACCAAUCUCUUCUCAGAAUUCCAGCCUUCAGUUGCAAGAGAGUCUUUUAUUCCAGGUGACUCGGAAGAUAUUGAUAUAGGCCUAUUCAAUGAGAGCUGUAUAGAAUAUUUUUGUCCAAACACUUAUCAAGAACAGGAACUGUGUGAAACAGCUGCACAGGGAGUAAAGACUGAGAUAUUAAACAUAUGUGUAGACAUCGGAGACACACAAGCAUAUCGUAAGACUGAAUUAAAUGAGAGUAUGGAGAUAGAGAAGCCUUUACCAAUGAAUGGGCUGGAGAUAAUAGGAAAAACAAGAGAGGCAGCAUCAUCAUGUGAGGACAAAAUGUCUAAAUUAAAAGCAUUGCUUAAAUGCCGUCAAAACAAAAACUAUGAAUCAUCUCUACCGAGUCAUGAUAAGACAAAACCGGUCGAUAUUCCAAGUAAAGAUUCCGAAACAGUACAGGAUACUUUAUUUGCUAACGAAAUAGCCUCUUCAAAUCUAACCAACAGCUUUAAUGAAGUCUCCGGUAAAUUCUGUUCAUCAUCGGUGGACAGUGAAGAUUCCUUCCAAAUAGUGUUCACCGACAGCCCACAGAAUUUCGAAAGACGUCGCAUUUCAUCGGACUGCGAGUCUGAGGAUUCGUUUAUCGUUUUUGAAGAAACACCAGAAAACUGCUACACAAAUAACGAUGUGUUCGGUGAUGAGAGCUCGGACUCGGAUUCAGUGGUCGAGGAGUCUAUGUGCAUAGCACAUUUGUCACCGAACCUGUCAAAGACAUUCAGUGACCUAACAGACACCAGCCUGUACAGUGAGGAUGUUGUGGACUUUGCUGAGAAGUGUGACAAUGAGGAUGAUGUCCAUCAGCCGUUCACAGGACUUCUGAUCAAUGAGACACGGAAACAGGAGAAGCUACGGCAGCCUAAAAAAAGGGUCCGCUUCUCAUCGCAGCCUCCCAAGGUCCACGUGAUGAGGGUCUGGGCCUUCGCAGCCAGGCAGGCCCGCGCCGGCCACUGGGAGAGACACGCGCUGGACAGGGAGAGAUUCAAAAGAAGGAUAGCGGAUGUAGAGAUGGCUAUAUCCUGGGUCCUUAAACCUCAGCACCGAUCUAGGAUAGUCUUCCAGCGAUUCAUGCCCUGGUGGAACGCUGAGAGACGAAGGGAGUUAGCGGAGAAGAAGAGAGAGGAAGACACAAGGAGAGAAGCGGAAGAAGUGGAGAAGAUGGCUAUCCGUCGACAGAAUGAUGAGAAUUCCAAUGAAGUAGAAACUGAAAGCGAAUUGAUGAACAAUGAAUCAAAGGAAAGUGAUGAUAGUGAUGGAAUACAAGGAAAAGAUAAAGAUAACGAUGACUCAGCGGCGAGGGUAGUUCACAUCGCCGAGACAAAACGACCAGGAAACAAUUUGACAAUAGUUGAUACUUGACGGCUUGUACUGACCGUGGUAUGAGUCGCUGAAGUGUCAACGCGGGGAGACGGCCGGCGCGGGGGACACGGAUGUACGAAUUUAUAUUACAAUAUAUAUUAUAGUUAGUGAAACGCCAAAAAAAUAGCACACAAAAAUUUAAUUGUUUUUCCAUGGACCCUGCACCCAUUAUAUUAUUGUCGAGGAUUCAAAAAUGAUGUGAGAAGUCUAGCGAAAUGAUAUUUUUCACGGCCAAGGUGAGGACAUAGAAUUAAUUAAAAAUGAUUUUGUACACAAUCUUUUAUAACUCGAGGAUGCUAAGUGCCUGUUUGACCGGGAGUCAGGAGGUGAGGACCCUAGUGUAGUUACAUACCUUCAUAUAUAUAGUUAGUAGCCUUGUGUUCCGUUAACUUGUGCAUUGCGAUGUAAAUCUUUCGUUAUAUGUAUAGAGAGUAUAUUAUUUUUGUUGCGUAGUUAGUAUAUUGUAUUUACUGUAUAAAUUACUCCCCGUCCGAGGGUAACGUGUAAAUUUUUUAAUAUAGUUUAAAAAAAUGUGUUCUGUAAUGUAUCAUAUUAUACAACGUUUUGUAAACCGGGUUCAAAUAAAGCGUUAAAAGUAA